AUGCAUGACACCUUGGCACUUGUCUCGGAAGGAGCUCAGCUUUAUUCACAUCAAGUAUCUAUACUGCUCUGGAAAAAUUCAUCUAGUACAGCAACAGCCACUGACAUGGGACCUCCAAAGGCUUGGUUCAAGCUGAUGAACUGGAAACUCACAGUCAAAGCCACAAAGAUGAUUGAAGAUGUUAAUCAAGCAAGAGAACAGGAUGCACAACAAGACCUGGUUUCUGUCCUCAAGGAUUGUGACGUUAUAGUACCAGAUGGUGUUCCUUCAGUGCAAAAGUUAUUUGCUGAAAACAUCCAGCUUUUUGUCUUUGCUCCUGCAAUGGGUUUAACUUUUUAA